ACCGCGCCCAGGUGGCGCGGGGCGGGGCGGGGCGGAUCCGCUCCCUGCUGCCGGAAGUGCCGCCCGGAACUACAGCUCCCAGCAGCCCUCGCGGUGCGCCCCGGUCAACGCCGGGGAAGCCGCCGCCAUUGUCCGCGGCUGAGGUGGGGAAUUGCACUGUUCCCAGGCGGGUGUCUGGUCAGUCAGUCCUCCGGAUGGCAGCCAUCAACCCGUGGGCCUCCUGGGGUGCCCUUAUGGACCAGUCUUGGGGGAUGACAGCUGUUGACCCAUGGGCUUCCUGGGCUCUGUGUCCUCAGGAGCCUGCCUGGCACAUGGAGGGGAGCCCCGAGGAGGGGAGGAGGGCCGCUGGGCUCCCAGCAGCCCAGGAACAGGAACCAGUGACCUUCAAGGACGUGGCUGUAGACUUCACCCAAGAAGAGUGGGGGCAGCUGGACCUUGUUCAGAGGACUCUGUACCGUGAUGUGAUGCUGGAGACCUAUGGGCACCUGCUCUCUGUGGGAAAUCAGACUGCCAAGCCUGAGGUCAUUUCCCUGUUGGAGCAAGGAGAAGAGCCGUGGUCAGUGGAGCAGACAUGUCCUCAACGAGCUUGUCCAGAAUGGAUGAGAAAUCUUGAAAGUAAAGCAUUGAUCCCAGCACAGAGCAUUUUUGAGGAAGAACAAUCCCAUGGCAUGAAGUUGGAAAGAUACAUAUGGGAUGAUCCUUGGUUCUCCAGGUUAGAAGUUUUGGGAUGUAAAGACCAAUUAGAAAUGUAUCACAUGAACCAGAGUAUGGCUAUGAGGCAGAUGGUCUUCAUGCAAAAGCAAGUACUAUCCCAGAGAAGCUCUGAAUUCUGUGAAUUUGGGGCAGGGUAUAGCCAGAACUUCAACUUUGUUCCAUCGCAGAGGGUUUCUCAGAUAGAACAUUUCUAUAAGCCUGAUACGCAUGCCGAAAGUUGGAGAUGUAACUCAGCCAUAAUGUAUGCAGAUAAGGUUACCUGUGAAAAUACUGAUUACGACCAAACUGCUUACCAGUCCAUUCAUCCUGUUUACCCUGCAAGAAUACAAACUGGAGAUAAUCUUUUCAAAUGUACUGAUGCUGUUAAAUCUUUCAAUCAUAUAAUACAUUUUGGUGAUCAUAAAGGAAUUCACACAGGAGAAAAACUCUACGAAUAUAAGGAAUGCCAUCAAAUCUUUAACCAGAGCCCAUCAUUUAAUGAACACCCAAGGCUUCAUGUAGGAGAAAACCAGUAUAAUUACAAAGAAUAUGAGAAUAUAUUUUAUUUCUCAUCCUUUAUGGAACAUCAAAAAAUUGGUACUGUAGAGAAAGCAUAUAAAUACAAUGAAUGGGAGAAAGUCUUUGGGUAUGACUCAUUCCUUCAACAUACAAGCACUUACACUGCAGAGAAACCCUAUGACUACAAUGAAUGUGGUACAUCUUUCAUCUGGAGCUCUUACCUUAUUCAACAUAAGAAAUCUCAUACUGGAGAAAAACCCUAUGAAUGUGAUAAAUGUGGAAAAGUUUUUAGGAAUCGCUCAGCCCUUACUAAACAUGAACGGACUCACACUGGAAUAAAACCCUAUGAAUGUAAUAAAUGUGGAAAAGCCUUCAGCUGGAAUUCUCAUCUUAUUGUACAUAAGAGAAUUCAUACAGGAGAAAAACCGUUUGUUUGUAAUGAGUGUGGGAAAUCUUUCAACUGGAACUCUCAUCUUAUUGGACAUCAGAGGACUCAUACAGGAGAGAAACCUUUUGAAUGUACUGAAUGUGGGAAAUCAUUCAGCUGGAGCUCCCAUCUUAUUGCCCAUAUGAGAAUGCAUACUGGAGAGAAACCCUUUAAAUGUGAUGAAUGUGAAAAAGCUUUUAGAGACUACUCAGCCCUUAGUAAACAUGAAAGAACUCAUUCCGGAGCAAAACCAUAUAAAUGUACUGAAUGUGGAAAAUCCUUCAGCUGGAGCUCCCAUCUUAUUGCCCAUCAGAGAACUCACACGGGAGAGAAACCCUAUAAUUGUCAGGAAUGUGGCAAAGCAUUCAGAGAACGCUCAGCCCUCACUAAACAUGAGAUAAUUCAUUCUGGAAUUAAGCCCUAUGAAUGUAAUAAAUGUGGAAAAUCCUGUAGCCAGAUGGCUCACCUUGUUAGACAUCAAAGGACUCAUACUGGAGAAAAACCCUAUGAAUGCAAUAAAUGUGGAAAAUCCUUCAGUCAGAGCUGUCACCUUGUUGCUCAUCGGAGAAUUCAUACUGGUGAGAAACCCUAUAAAUGUAAUCAGUGUGAAAGAUCCUUUAACUGUAGUUCUCACCUCAUUGCACACCGGAGAACUCAUACUGGAGAGAAACCAUACAGGUGUAAUGAAUGUGGGAAAGCAUUUAAUGAGAGUUCGUCCCUUAUUGUACACCUAAGAAACCAUACUGGAGAAAAGCCCUACAAAUGUAAUCAUUGUGAGAAAGCAUUCUGUAAGAAUUCUUCCCUUAUUAUUCAUCAGAGAAUGCAUAGUGGAGAGAAACGCUUUAUAUGCAGUGAAUGUGGAAAAGCCUUUAGUGGUCACUCAGCCCUACUUCAGCACCAGAGAAAUCACAGUGAAGAGAAACCGAAUUGAAUUUGUGAGAGUUUUUCAUUUAUUGUACAUUUGACAACACAUUGAGGAAAACCCUAUAAGCGUAAUCAAGAGGGGACAUUUUUCAUUAAGAGUUCAGUAAGGCUUCUCCCGCAUUAUUUACUAGAAAAUAUCAUCUUAGAAGAAACCCCAUGAAGGAAAAGAAUAGGGAAAAGCUUUCAGCAGUUAUAUAGCCCUUAUUCAAAAUCAGAUAAUUACAAUGAAGAAAACUCUAAACUCCCCUUAUGGUCCACCAAUAAUUCAUACUUGAGGACCAUGACUGUGGGGAAUGAGGCAUCUUUUAGCAAGAGCUGUCACCUACUUAUAGAUUGGUGUGAAUUGCUAAGGGAAAAACCUUAUGCAGAGAAAAGUUUUUGACUGGAAACACACUGUUUUGCAUCAAGCUGGAGUAUUGGAUGGAAAACUUUACAAUAACAUUUUGUGCAUAAUUGUAGAAAUACAGAUUUUGUCGUGAUGAGGGGAGGGUUUAGAUGCCCUUUAAGGAGUAGAAUAUGAAAUACUAAAUCUGAAUGUAAGAAAAACAAUAGUACUGAAUGGGGUAUUUACUGUUGAUUAACCUCCUUAGAGAAAAUUAAUGAAUGAGAUGACUAAUGGUAGAAAAGUUAUGCCCAGGAGUGUUAGACUGAGGUUGCUGGACAGAACGUGAUCCUUAGCCCAGUGUAUCAGCAUCCAUUGUUACCCGUCACUGCAUUGUUGGGCAAUUAGUUUGUAAUUUGUUUUAGGCAAUCACUAUAAAUUAUAAUUGUGAACACUACAUCAAUAUACUAACAUGAAGGAAUAAAAAGGGUACAGAACUGUAUGUACAUA